AUGCUUUUCACCACAGUUGCCGCUCUUCUCUUCCCUGUGACCAUCCUGGCAGUGCCUGCCCAGAAGCCUGCUGCAGGUGACGACAAAUGCACGCCCGUCUCCUAUAUCUUGUCGGAUUAUACCCUCACUCGGUCCCCAUCCUUCGCCUUUGUCAGUUUCAACAUCGAGUCCGCUUUCACUGUCGAUUCGCCGUAUGACGAUGCAGUUGAAUCCGGUGCGAACUGCGAAGCGGAUGGUGCCGACCUUGGCAAUGACAACGAGUGCAACAUCGCUGGCGAGCGGACAGACAAGCUGGUUUUCGAUGUGAAGGGCAGCACCGGCGACGCCAGCUACCGUAUCACCCACAACUGGAAAUGCAACAACGCUACUUGGGCCUCUGUCAACGACAUACAGCUUCCUCCUCUUGACUGUAACGCGAUCGAAGACGGCAAGGACGGUGAGACAGUCACCUGCCACUCGAAGCCCAUCAUCUUCACUCCCCAGAACAUUCGCAAGCUCUCGAGCAAGGACUCAAAGAAGACCGCUGGCAAGGCCAAGGGUGUUGCUACGAUGCCAACUGCUAAGCCCUCGGACUGCCCCAGCUGCUAA